AUGUCACAAUCCAAAGCUUCCUUCAAUAUCGUCAUCGUCGGUGCCGGGCUGGGAGGACUCGGGGCAGCAGUAUGCCUGGCAAGAAAGGGGCAUCGGGUGACGGUGCUGGAGGCCGCAUCGCAGCUGGCAGAGGUGGGAGCGGGCAUCCAGAUCCCGCCCAACAGCACCCGCAUCCUGGACGCCUACGGAUUGACCAGCCAGUUUGAAAAGAAAGUCGUCUGGCCGAAAAACAUCACUUUCCGCCGAUAUGCCACUGGCGCCGACAUUGGAUCGACUCCUUUGCAUCCGGACAUGACGGAGAAAUAUGGCUAUCCUUACUGGUUAAUCCACCGGGCUGACUACCAAGCCAUUCUGUACGAGGCUGCCAAGGAAGCAGGAGCAACGGUCCUCCUGGGGACACCGGUCGACCGCGUGGAUGCACGAGCUCCCGCAGUGAUUCUGCAAGACGGGAGACGGAUGACCGCAGACCUCAUAGUCGGGGCUGACGGCAUUCGUUCCAGAACCCGUAGAGCGGUGAUCCCAGACCGCGAGAUUGAAGCCACAGAUUCACCCCAUUGCGCCUACCGCGCCACUGUGCCGGCGAGCCUGAUGAACGCCGAUGCCGAGGUCAAGCACCUCAUGACGGACGUCAAUGCGAACUGCUGGAUCGGGCCGGACCGCCAUAUCAUGGCGUAUCCCAUCCGACAGGGGGCCAUGUACAACAUGGUCCUUUGUCAUCCGGGCAAAGCCUCUGUAGGCAGGUGGAAUGAGCCAGGAGACCUGGACGAGAUGAAAGCCCAUUAUGCGAGUUUUGACCCCGUCAUGCGCAAGGUUCUGACAAAGGUAUCGGGCUGCCUGAAGUGGAAGCUGGCCGACCUUCCGCCAUUGACCACCUGGGUCAGCAGAAGCGGGAAGGUCGUCUUGAUUGGGGAUGCAGCGCAUGCGAUGCUCCCGUUUCUUGCUCAAAUGCUGAAGACUCGUAAGGGUGCUGCCAUGGCCAUCGAGGAUGGCGCUGCGCUGGGUGAAUGCCUCGAUCGAGCGGCCACCAAGCGGGACCUCCCCAGAGUCCUUCAGGCUUUCCAGACGAUCAGAAAGCCUCGCUGCGAAAGGGUCCAGCUAGGGUCACGGGCGAACGGCGACAUCUGGCACCUGCAUGAUGGAAAGGAGCAGGAACAGCGCGACAGGGCGAUGAAACAGAGGGCCGCGCAGCGAGAGGAUGGCAGUUCCAAUCCCAACCAGUGGUCUGACGAGGAUUUCCAGCCGUGGCUGUUUGGACAUGACGUGUUCGCCUAUCGCCCCGUCUACCCGUGUCUACCCGUCGCGCCCCGCGGCUUCCGAUGUCCGAGCUCGGAUGCGCUCCAGGCCAGGGCCCCGCGUCGUGCUGAUAUGGCAAGACUGAAGAAUGGGGUCCAUUCUUGGGAGGACGUCCUCGCCCAGCGGUACCAAAGUAACAAGCCGUCGGCGUUACCUAGGUACAGGAAGCGUACCGUUGUUGGUCGAGGUCCGGUGCCCAAGGGACUCGACAUCAGCAUCGAACCCAAGUGCCAGCCGGGAUGUCCGUUGUUGAGCAAGCUUGCGCCAGAGAUCCGCCUGAUGAUCUGGGAGUACGUUCUGGGAGGUUUGCGACUGCAUAUUAUCCAACGAUCUCAGAGACGUCUUGGCUAUGUGGUUUGUCCCCAACAUGAUGCAUGCGAGAUAUGCCGCGGCGGGCUCCAUCAGCCGGUGAAAGAUGGCGAGCAUCUCUCAGAUUGGUCUCUGCUAUCAUUACCCAUUACCUGCAAACAGAUUUACUGCGAGACCAUCCACAUCCUCUACGCAUCGAAUGUCUUUGAGUUCAGCAACACAUGGUCCCUGACCUACCUGCGUCCCACCAUCCCGCAAGACCAGUGGAACGACAUCCGGGUGCUGGACCUCAAAUGGGCCUUCCCCGGCCACUGGCUGCCCAGCAAAGACUCGGUCAAGUCGGUCUAUGUCUGGGCGGGUCGACAGCAGUGGAUCGACACGUGCAACGCGAUUCUCCGCAUGAAGGGACUCGAAGACUUCACCCUGCAUCUGACGAGCAACUGGUUCGGCGAGCCGGUGGAAAAGAUCCCCAUCUUCCUGGCGCCGUUGAGAGAGCUGAGGUUGCGACGCAGGUGGAAGAUCCUGCUGCCGCCGCAGCCGUACUACAAGAACGAAAUCUCCCGCCUGAAUACGAUGCUGCAGAAGGAAGGGAUAGAUUUACAGGUGCAGUUUGGAGAGGCUGUCUUCAGCUUGUUUGUUGACAUGGGCUCUCCCAAUCUCCCGGAGAUAAGGCCCCGCCGCUCUUAUCGGCUGCGGCCCGGUCGCUUGCUGCUGCCGGCUGCCAUCGUGCUAGGCUUCGUGCUGCUGAUUCUCUAUCCUCCACGGCUUGCCCACUAUAUUGUCGAGUUUCGCAGCAGCGACUCAACGCUGCUGCAGUCGCAAUGGGACGCCCUCGAUGCUGGUCUUCGUCGAUGUGCCGAGUUGACUGCGCCGUCUCCGGUCUACUCGCUCCCUCCACCGGCAGACCGCAGCAACCCGCGCUGGAACCCGAUCAGCGGACAGAACAAAACAGUCGUGCUUCGUAAUGCCACUCUGUUCGACGGGGAUGCUAUUCUCCCAGAGCCAGUGGACAUUGUCUUCGACAAGGGCGUCGUCCGCUCCAUCUCCUCGACCGGUGCACGUGACUAUGCCACCAGCAGCGACCCUGAUAUCAGCGUCUUCGAACUGGAUGGCCGAUUUGUGACUCCAGGCCUCGUGGACAUGCAUUCGCACCACCUGGUCGGCGCCUGGCCCGAUCUGAAGGGGUACCAGGAUAUCAACGAGGUCAAUGAUGCCACGGGGCCGCUGACGCCGUUUGUGCGAGCGCUCGACAGCAUCAAGCCCUACGACGUGGCUGCCACGAUCAUCGCGUCGGGUGGUGUCACGUCGUCCUUGAUUCUGCCCGGCUCGGCCAAUAUCAUAGGCGGAGAGGCGGUGAUCGUCAAGAAUCUGCUGCGAAGCGGCGAGAACGGCGAGGAGACUGUCGAAGAGCUUCUCCUCGAGCACGGCAUUCCGAAGGAGAAUCGACGGCGGUAUAUGAAAAUGGCAUGCGGAGAGAACCCCCGACGUGUGUAUCAUCACACCCGGAUGGGAAAUGCGUGGAUCUUCCGCCACCACCUGGCGCGGGCCAAAGAUCUGCGUGACCGCCAAGAUGCCUGGUGUGCGUCUGCGGCGGCUGCCAGACGCAGCGGCGAUUCUGCGACUGCUGCGGCCCUGCUGGCGGUUGGUCCGGAUGGGAAGGGAGGCCUUCCGGAGGAGCUGGAGCUAGACUCGACCGUGGCGAUCUUGAGAGGGAAGAUCGGGGUCAACAUCCACUGCUAUGAGCAGGAGGAUUUUGAAGACAUGCUGCUGCACAGUGAGGAGUUUGGCUUCCGGAUCCAGGCUUUCCACCAUGCGUUGAGUGCGUGGAAGGUGCCGGAGCUGAUCAAGAGCAGUGGACAGAACAUUACCAUCGCAACGUUUGCGGAUUUUAGUCUCUACAAGAAGGAGGGAUACGACGCCAGUCUGCGAGCUGGCAAGAUCCUGGCAGAACAUGGCGUGCCGGUAGCCUACAAAUCGGAUCACUUCGAAGAAAACACGAAUGCAAAGUAUCUACUCUCCCAAGCUGCGACGGCGCAUUCCUUUGGUCUUCCGGAAAUCAAGGCAUUGCAAUCAGUGACCAGCGUUCCGGCAAGGGCCCUGGAGGUGCAUCACCGGAUCGGGUUUGUGAAGCCCGGCUACGAUGCCGAUAUUGUCGUGUGGGACUCUCACCCGCUCUCAGUCGGGGCGACUCCUUUACAGGUUUACAUUGAUGGGAAGGCGACGUUGGAGGCAGUGGAUUUGAGGAAGAACAAGGAUGACAGCGUUAAGCGAGUCCAGGAGAAGCCGAAAAUGCGUGCAGAGACUCCGGCUAGGGACAUCAAGGAAUUCUGCUCGCGGUCGCCCACGGGGUCAGAGAAUAUUGUUAUCACCGGGAUCAGCAAUUCCUAUCUUCAGUUGCCGCAUGUCAAGGCGUCUGGCAAUAAUCUAACGAUGGUCAUCAGCUCCGGCAAGAUAACCUGCCUGGGUGGACACGAGGAGUGCGUGACAAGCAUGUCUGAUGCAGACGUCAUCUCUCUUCAAGACGGAUACGUCCUUCCCGGCCUGACCGCGAUAUCCACGACACUGGGGCUUACGGAAAUCGAAUCGGAGGACAGCACGAGCGAUGGCCGCGGUAAUCCGGAUGCCGAUCCGUUGGAUCCCGACAACGCAAUCUAUGCGAAAUACGGAGUCCACACCGAGGGCAGGGCGUUUCAGAGAGCUCAGAUCGGAGGCGUGACGAGGGCAAUCACGGCGCCUGUGGGGAGGUCGUUCCUGGGCGGAGUCAGCGUGGGAAUCAAGACGAGCGAGGGAAGCAAUCCCAUCAACGGGGGAAUUUUCAAAGACGAUGUCGCCUUGCAUUUCGUGGUUGGGCAAGAUGUCAAGGGAUCAUCGCACACGCCAACCGUGUCUUCUUCGAUUGCUAAGCUUCGCAAGAUCUUGGAUAACAACAGGGGCAAGGAUAGUCUUUUUGGCAAAGCUGCCGAUGGGAAGCUGCCUGUUGUUGUGCAUGCUGAUAACAAGGUCAAAAACGACUAUGCAAAAGUCCGGUUGGUCAUUUUUGGCGGUGCUGAAGCGCCUGCUGUCGCAGAUGAGCUGGCUGCGUCAGGGGUACCGGUCAUCUUUAACGCAGUACACAGCGCCCCAACAGCGUGGGAAAAGAAGGAUGUCCUAGUCGGACCGCCGCUGACACCAUCUCCGGUGCGAGUUCUGGCCGAUGCGAACGUGACGUUUGCACUGGCCUUGCCGUACGAUACCGACUGGCAUCUCCACAACCUCGGCAUCGAAGCUUCCUGGGCAGCCAAAGACGCGGGUCUCUCCCCACAGCACGCCGUUGAUCUCGUGUCCGGCAAGAUUGACGCCAUUCUCGGGUUAUCUGGCCGCGAGAGCAACCGCGACUACGUCAUCUACGAAGGUAAUCCGCUCGAGUAUGGGGCCAACGUCGUGCUGGCAAUCGACGGAGACGAUGGGACGGUGCGGAGUUGCUGGCCGGAGGCGGACUAG